AUUUUUACGACACCUCGAAAGCCGCUGAGCAGAAGGAAAAAGAAGAAAUUAUCGGGCAUCAGAACCGAGUACAUUCCGAUGGACCGGGUGAUGACGACCAAUGUGCCCAUUGGCCUAACCCUAACAUCCUUGCCGGAGUAGCCAUCGUCCCCCAUAUCCAGCUCUCUCUCACUCUCUCUCAGUUUCCUCUGCAUAUUGAGUAUCUGUAAACCGGAGCGCACUCUCAGGAGGGGGACCCCUGCACAAAGCAUAGGAGGAGGGAACGAUGGCUUUAUCAAGUGUAUGCCCUACUGAGGAUGCUGUUGGGACAUUUCUGGAAUACUUGGUUGAUCCUCUGAUUCCAACAAAAUCUUCUGCAUCCGACAGUCCAUCACUUUCUCAGCAACAAUCAGUCGCAAAACAGAUGCAUGGAGUUGUCAUACUGUACAACUACUACCACCGGAAACAACACAGACAGCUAGAGUUUCUGGGCUUUGAGUCAUUCUGCAAAUUGAUUUUGGGUUUCAAUCCGCCUUUACUGGAAUACAUGAAAUUCAUGCGAAAAUCGGAUGAUGCUGAAUUAAUUGACCCUGACAAGCAGCUUUCCUUGGUUGAAAAGACUAUCAUGGAUGCAUGUGAUCUAUGUAUGAGACUGAAUGCAUCAAAGGAUAGCCCCGACAUAGAAGGAUGGGCAAUUUCUGAAGUCAUCGUUUUCUUGGUUGACUCUAGGAAAGAGAAUUGCUUGUUGAAAUUCAGCUCCGUCACAGAGGGGGUUUGGUCAUUAAUUGAAAAGGAUGUGGAUAUCUCCAAUCAGAGUCCAGAAGGCAUGCCAGAGUUGAAACGGUAUAAAAAGAAAAGGAUCACCAAAAAGCCCUGGAGAGAUGAUUCGGGUGUUAAUGAGGAUGCUAUGCAGCAGCUUGCAUUUUCAUCAGUCAGGGAAGCCGCAGACAUUAGUCAGGCCUGUCUUUCUAUACUAGAAAGCCACACUGUAUAUUCACUGGGUAAAGAAAAAUCGGCAUCUCGCUUCUACAUAAUGCAAUGCGCCCAGCCUACUAGUAAAGAUGCCAUUCAGGUGCCUAUAAAAUAUGCCAUCGACAGCUUGCAGGGACCUUUGAUCAGGAAGGUGUCACACAAGUGGACAAUAACCCCAGUCGUUGAAUAUUUUCAUGUGCUUCCCUAUGCUGGGAUUUUGUCAAAUUGGUUUUCUAGGGAUGCAUCUCCAAAUCAUCUGGAAAGUUUGAAAGUUGACUCUGUAACUGUACAAGUAAACAUGGAGGAGGAUGAGGUCUCCGUUCUUACUGAAGAGAAAUAUAAUAAUAUUCAUAGUAGCGAACCAAAUACUUCUUUCAUGAAGAGAAAGCUGAACGACCUCCAUGAUGUCACCAGUGAGGACAUGAUGGUUGAAAACAAAUGCCAGAGUAGCAUUCCUGAAUGCCGAAGCAAUAAGAGUACUGCUGGAAACAACGUGAACAACAUUACUUUGUUGGAUAAGGAGCCAAUCCUUAGUAGUGACUGUGCUUUAGUGACUUGCCAGUCCACCUCUGAAGAUCUUGAGAAAAUAUAUUCUGUGUUGGCUUCUAAAGAAGACACACUGUCACAAACUGCAUUAAGAGUUCUUCUCAAGAAAAGGGCUAAACUGUCCCUUCAGCAGCGGAAUAUAGAAGAUGAGAUUGCAAAGUGUGACAAGUGUAUUCAUACGAUUAUGAAUGGUGGAGCAGCUGCUUUAGCGCUGAAGAUAGACUCCAUAGUUGAUGGUUGUAAUUUUUUGUGCCUGAAAACUUCUGCUCAUGAAAGGACAAAUGCCCAUCUUGAAGGCCAACCUUUACCCCAUUAUACCGAUGUAAAGUUGACGGAUGUUAUCUACAGAAAAAGUCCAUGUCAAGAGUUGGAUGAUAUGUGUGAUGAGAACACUUGGAUUUUACCAACUUAUCAUAUAUGUGUCACUGAUGGUGGGUAUGUCGCUAAAGUGACUGUCAAAGGCACAGGUUUUGAGUGUUCGACUGAUGGAGACCCUCAUUCCACUCCUGAAGAAGCCAGAGAAUCGGCUGCAGCCAACACGCUGGUCAUAUUGAAAAGCACUGCAAGCAAGGGGUAGAAGCUGCAUGAUACUCACUAAUCUGGAAACUGCAUUUUGAUUUGAACAUGUA